CUUUUUUUAAAAUAUAAACAAAAUGGUUAAAAACUCUGCUCAAGAUCCAUAAGAUAACUCACUCCAAAUGAAGACCAGAUAAUAUUUGGUUUCUGGAAGAAGACUCCCAUCAAAGGAAGAUCCAAAUCCAAAGGUUAUCAGCAUGAGAAUCUUUGCUAGAAAUACAGUUGCUGCAAAAAGCAGAUUCUGGUGGAAUUUGAGAAGAUUGAAUAAGCUUAGACCAUCACAUGGUUAGAUCUUAGCAGUUUAAGAAUUGUUUGAAAGAAGAGACACAAAUGUCAAGACCUACGGAAUUGUACUCAAAUACUAAUCAAGAACAACUAUCCACAAUAUGUAUAAAGAAUUCAGAGACACAACAUUAAAUGGAGCAGUCUCACAAUUAUAUCAAGAAAUGGCCGGAAAUCACAGAGCCCAACCAUAAACUAUUCACAUCCUCAGAACUUCAGUAUUAACUAAGAGUGCUGAUAUCAAGAGAGGAAAAACCAACCAAUAUAGAGGUGAUUCAAUCAAAUUCCCAAUUGUCAAAACCGUUCCAAGAGCCAGCCACAAAAAAUUCAGAACAGUAUUCAAAGCUAAAAGACCCAACCUCUACAGAUCAUGAUCAUCUUAUUUUAGUACAAUAUUCAUCAUAUAAUAAUAUUUAAUUAUAUCUAA